AUGAAUCCGAACAGCAAAGCAUUUUGGCCUCUUGUAGCAGCAGUUAGUCUUGGUGUUGGUUUUCUUGGUUACUGUGUUUAUUUCGACCGGAAACGCAGAAGUGCACCUGAAUUUCGUGAAAAAUUAAAAGCUAAACGAAAGAAACAAAAACAAGGUACUGGUGGUUCAAACGAAAAAUUCAACAUUAAUUCAAAUGAUCCUGAAGAAAUGCGUCGUUAUUUUCUCGAACAAAUUCAACAAGGUGAAGAUUGCUUAUCUCGUGGUGAUCUUGAUAAUGGUGUUGAUCAUCUAGCAAAAGCUAUAGCAGUUUGUAGUCAACCUCAAAGUCUGAUGUCAUUAUUUCAACAAACAUUACCACCUGAGUUAUUUCAAGAAAUCAUUAUGCGUUUACCACGAAUUUCUCCAUCAAUGUUUGGUACAUCUUCAUCAGCUUUCAGUGGUGCAACUAUCACUGAACCAGACUUGGAAUAG